UUCGAUCAUGAUGGACUGUACCAGUGUCAGUACAUGAAAACAAGUCAAAGGUUCAACUCUUCCUCUGUUAGACUCUCUGUUACUGUGAGUUUUCCAAAACCCAGUAUCUCCAUUUGCCCUGUUGGUGAGGUGACCUGGGGUCAGACUGUUGAAAUCACAUGUUCAGUCUCAACUCAGGUUUUAGGUGGAUCGUUCACUCUGAGUCAAAUUCAGGGUUCAUUCAUGAGGAGCCAAACCUCCAACACAAACUCUGCUACCUUCAAUAUUCCUAACGUGGACUUUGAUAACGAGGGAUUGUACCAGUGUCAGUAUAAGAAAAGAGGCUCACGUCGUGAAUUUAGCUCCCCAUUAAGUGACUCGGUCAGACUCUCUGUUACUGUGAGACUGCAGACACCCAGCAUCUCCCUGACCUCUCCUAGUGCAGGUCUGGUCUGGGGUCCUGAAGGUGCAGAGAUCACCAGGGGUUACAGUUUUGUCCUCACCUGCUCCGUUAACUCCAGAUUUUCCAGUGGACGUUUCUUUCUCAUCUUCUCUGACUCCAACAUCACAGACAGCAAGCCAGCAGUCAACAACUCAGCCUCCUUUAGUUUCCCUGUAGCUGAGUAUGAACACCAAGGCAACUACAGCUGUGUGUAUGAAGUCACAGUGUCCACACGGACAUUCAAUUCUACUGCAACAGCACCCAUUACUGUCAUCAUUAAAUUUCCUUGGAUGCUGCUGGUCUCGUCUGUAGUUCCUGUGGUCCUGCUGCUCCUGCUGGUCUCGUUGGUGGUGUUACUGGUGCCCAGGAGAAGGAGACAAACACAGCAGGCCCACAUCCACACCACAGUGACUCUAAAAUCCUGCAAUGAAGAAGAUGACAUCAGUGACGAGGAGAGGAUCUAUUUGAAUGUUGAGACACUGAACACCUACAGGAAUUUUACCAAACAACUGGAAGGAGCGGAGAGAGAGGAAACAGAGGAGAAGAGAUAAAAUCCCAUCAAUAGAAGUGAU